AAAAUGUCGUUUUAUUUUUAAUGAAGGAAUUUUUUAUAAAACUAGUGUUUCGUAGAGGCACUUAUGUCCUCAACUGGAAAUAGGUAACGGAAUUAAUAAAACGGAAUAUACUCAGCGGGAUUUAUUAGGCUAGAGGAAUCUCAAAAUUCGAAGCCGAUUUGACGUCACGAUGACGUCAUUCCAAAUCGGGCUACUUACGUUGUUCAUCGUAAUUGAGAUGGCAGUUUCCCAGACAACGAAACCAAAUGUUGUGGGCGUAUGUGGUGGGACAUUUGAAGGCACCAGUGGUUCCAUAGCAAGCCCUGGAUUCCCAAACAACAACUACGUAGAUGACCUCAACUGCACUUACGAGAUUAAAGUUCCUGAUGGUCACGUAGUUGUGUACCAAUCUACAUACCUUGAUCUUGAAACUGAAGAUGACGGUUUAUGCUUGGAUUAUGUUGCCGUCUAUCCAAAUGCGGAUACUUCUUCCGAACCAAAUAUAUACUGUGGCAACUUAAAGAUAUUCACAAGCGCGUCGACAGGAACUUCGCUUAUAGUUCGUUUUGUUUCUGAUUGGAACAUAACUGCUGCUGGAUUUGUUUUGACCUGGUCAGCUGUUAACCCUACUAACAUUGCUCCAACUUUUAACUGUAACUUUGAUGGGCCCUGGCCACUGUGCCCAGGUUGGACACAAAGCCAGGAAGAUAGUUUUGAUUGGACAAUUAUCAGAGGUUCCACUCCGACUCAAGGCACAGGGCCAUCAUCAGACCAUACUACUGGAGAGGGAAGAUAUGCAUACAUUGAAGCCACAAACAUAACAAAUGGAGCAACUGCACUGCUUUUAACACCAAGCCUGCCGUUAGAUGAAUCCCCAAACUAUUGCCUGGACUUCUGGUACCACAUUCAAGGAGAUAAAGCUGGAAAGUUAUCGGUAAUACAGCAGAAAAACUUUGUUGGAGAAGUUCUCCGAUCAUUUGAACAAAGAAGUUCAGAGUGGCAGAAUGCUAAACUUCCAGUGUUACCUUCCAGCAAUCCCGUACAGUUUGUAUUUGAAGCCAUCAAAGGACAAGGCUUUAGGUCAGACAUUGCAAUCGAUGAUAUUCAAAUGCUGACUGAGCCGUGCACACUUGAUUUUGUUUUUGAAGAUGUGGAGGCAGAUACUGCGGCUCCUGAAGAAGAUUCUUCACAAAACCGAAAUAAUUUGAAAUUCCUUCCAAGAGGGAACUGUGCAAUUGGAGAAGUCCCUUGUCUGACCACAGGUUGCACUUCAGAACAAACUGUAUGUGAUGGUUUAAAUGACUGUGAUGAUGGUUCUGAUGAAGUCAAUUGCACCACUACACAAACUACUAUUCCACCCACAACCUCCACUAUUCCAGCAACAGAUCCUCCCACCGAAUUACCCACAACCACUCGUUGCCCUGAAAACUUGAUCUACCAAUCAUGUGCAAGCUCCUGUGACCAUGCAUGUUCUGAUGGCGAACUCCCUCCCCCUUGCUCAUUAGAAUGCGCACAGAGAUGUGCUUGCCCAUUUCAGUUUCCAAUCCUUCAUAAUGGAAGGUGCAUAACAUAUGAUGAAUGCCCUUUUCUGGAGAGGCCACUUGCUGCCGUGAAAAACUUGAAUGUCACAGUGGAAAACUAUGAGAAUAUCACAUGGAGCUUCGAAGGGGAUAAUACUGCAAGAACAUACCGGAUUUAUAUUGUAGAACUGGCCAGUCUUACUGUAAUUGAUCAAAACAUAACUGCAACAUUAGAUCAAGUGUUGUAUAGUGGAGGAAUAAGUGGACUUUUCCCAGGAAGGGGUUAUUCGUUACAAGUUAUCAGUAGAAGAGAUGCAGAAUCCUCAACAUCUCCCCUUAAACUUUUCUCCACACCUAACGUCCAGUGUAAUCAAGUUAUCACUGGUGAGUUACAAGGAACAGUUACAAGUCCUGGGUACCCGAAUAAUUAUCCCAAUAAUGUGACCUGCUUCAUUGAAAUUAGAGCAGCAGCUCCAAUUCAGUUUUAUGGAAACAUGAACCUUGAGGCGCCAAGUGAAGGCAGCUGCUAUGAUUAUGUUUGGAUUCAUAAAAGUGGCGUACCAAAUAAUGACACUGAAUAUUUCAACUGUGGUGACUCCGUCAUAAAUUUCGGAGUUAGCACUGGAAAUAAUCUUCUGAUUGAAUUUCACUCUGACUUGAGCACAUCUGCUCCUGGAUUUGUUCUACAUUGGGAUGCCAGAACAGAAGAGCAGUUGCCGGAAAGUUCCUUUAACUGCAGUUUUGACAGACAACCUCAACUUUGUCCUGGUUGGACACAAGAACAGUUAGAUGAUAACCAUGACUGGAGUUUUACUAGAGGAGAAACUCCAUCGUCUAGAACAGGUCCACCUCAUGACCACACUCUAGGAAAUUUAGCUGGAGGUUAUGCCUUUUUCGAAGCAAGUCCUGAAAAUGGUGUUGUCAAACAAAAUUUACAUACUGCAAUGUUACUAACUCCUUUUAUGGACAUUUCUGGAGUUGAACACUGCUUUGAAUUCUGGGUCCACAACAAAGGAAGGGCCACACUUCAAGUGAUAUAUGCAUUAGAAAGAUCAGAGAAUAGCUCAUUUGACAACCAAAUAAUCGGUGAAACAAAUGAUGAAUGGAAGCGGUUUCGAUUUAACAUAACGGAAGAUUUUUUUCAGGUUGCCUUCAGUGCAGUAAGAGGCCCUUCAUUUAGAGGGGAUGUUGCCAUUGAUGAUGUCAAGUUGUAUCCUGGCAAUUGUGUCACCGGAGUUACGACUACCAGUAGUACAAGUCAGUUGCAUAGUGAUAUUUUACUUUUAAGCGUUGGAUGUAACUAACAUUUAAUUUUAGUACAUAAAUACCUGUAAUGUACAUCAUAGUACACAUUAUAUUAACUCUGAAAUAUAGUGUAC